GCGUGAGAAGCGAAAAACGUCCUGGUUGGGACGUGUCUUCGUUGUGGGAAGACAGCAGAAGAGGGAGAGAAAGAGAAAAAGAAGAAAGGGACGGGCGGCCCGGAACAGGCUAUUUGGACACCAUCCAAAAAAGACGGGCGCCAAAGCGGACACGGAAAGGACCAAGGGAAACAAACAGACAAGUCGAAGGUAUUUGGGGUGAUUACAUCCUGUUGGAUCUGAUUUCCCAUCCUCGACCUGAUUUCGUACCGACCUCCGAUUACGACGACCCAAAGACAUCGCCAUCAACCGUCAACAUUGUUACCAUCACCCCACGCUCAUUACCCGACAACCUCGAGGUCGUUCGUUCGUUCGUUUAUUUCGAGAAACUGCCCGGAAGCAGAGCAUCAGCCGGACCGACCUGAUUGUUUGCGUUGCGAGGACAACCUUCUCUUUCACACAUUUUUCUCCUUGAUCGAUAUUGAUUGAUUGAUCAAUCUCACCGACGCACGCUACAACAGAGGAACACUCGAAUAGCCAUCGACUGCGCUGAAGCCUGCCAGUACUGCACAGAUCUCGAACAACGAUGAGGACGAGAAGGAGAAUGGACUGCAACCCAAAUCACUCUUUCAUCACAACAUAAACUUCGACACUCGUUUAAACAAACACAGAGAGAAAGGAAGAAAAAUACCACCACUGCUAAACGCUAAAGAAACGGGAUUCAAACCCCAACGACGCUCGCUUACGUGCUUUUUUUUUUGUUCGGAGCCCAGCCUCAAUUGGUUGCGCGGCCUAUCGUAGCCAGCGCCACUUUCUGGUUCGUCCCAACUUGGCUUAAUUGGGCCCAAUACGAACUUUUGGCGGAUCUGGUGAUCCGAACCCUAUAGACGUCACUCGUUUUAUUUUCAGAACUCCGCCACAUUCGCCUUUGGCGCGAAACCCAUCCGCCAUGACGGACCAGGCUCACGGGUCUUCACUCCUUCAGGCCCGUGAAGCUGCGCAUCUGCGCCGUCACACCCACAAUCACAACCGCAUACAUAGGAGGGAGACUGGAGACGAUCACCACCGUCAUUUGCACCAGCACCGCCGUCACCUCCAGCAACACAACCAGCACGUUCGUCCACAUGCGGAUUCACCCAUCACACCGCCGCCAUCCCAACAGCCGCAGCGUCGCCAACUCCCCGACGCUGUGGAGUCGAUCAUUACCGAAGUUGUGCGGACCGUCUCGGUCAUCCAGUAUGUCGACGGAGGUGGUUUACCCGUUGCAAUCUCGACUGUCUUUUCGCCAGCGCUCACCCCGAUUAUCGACCCAAUAACCGACAUCACCGUGGACAAUCCCCUGACCAACUUGCCGUUGCCGACGCUGCCUACGCCACCCGUACCGAAGCUAAGUUCAAGCAGUUCGGCGAGCGGAAAUGGCAGCGGCGGCAGCGUAGGCGUCUCUCCCCCGUUGCAGACGGGUUCCUUGUCAUCGUCCUCGCGAUCGCUUCAUUCGGUGACAGCCACUCCUUCCAGUGCACCGCCGCUGCCUACCACCCGACCAGGCAUUUUCAACUCGACGUCCUCUGCUCGACUCUUCAAUAACACCACCAUUCGGUCUCACUUCUUCAACAGCUCCAGUAUUUCGGCGACGUCUCUAUCAACCUCGACCUUGUCUGAGACCACCAUCACAUCUUCGACGUCAAUAUCCUUGACCUCAACAUCUUUCACCACCUCACGAACGGCUGAUGUAGCGGGCGGCUUCGUUCCCAACGGCGCCAUCCCAUCUCCGACUUCGGCUCCGACUCAUGCAGCUGCCGGACCAGCAUCGGCGCCCCCUCCCACGGAAACAUUGGUAGGUGGUGUCGUAGGCGGCAUCUGCGGCAUGGCGCUUCUUCUUUUUGCCGUUGUCUUCAUCCUUAGGUGGCGCAGACAGCAAAUGGGCAAUCAUAAGAUGCUCGCAGAUGGAACAGGAAAUUCGGGCGAUGGCAGCAAAGGUUUCUCGAGCCGCAUGUCGGAGCGGGGCAUCCCGUUCGCCGUCCCGGCGGCGUUGGCAGCCCUAUCUGGCAAGAAGGCGAUAGCUCCCGCCGAGGGUGAGGAGCGAGGCUUUGUGCGCGUCUCGGGCCGCAAGCUCCCCUCGGUACUGCACCAUGGCGGCGACGGCUACACGAACCCCUUCUCGGAUCCGCGAGAUAGCACCAUAUCGGGCGGCGACCAGUCCAUCAUGUACCGCGACUCGCAGAUGUUCUUCUCCCCGCCGCUCGGCAGUGGGCCCGAUUCUGGUUUCUCGCCCGGAGGAAGCAGACUCAAGCUGGGUUCGCCAAUGCGGCCGGAGAGUGGCAUCCCCGUAAUACAGCCCGGGCCGGCCCGCACCCCUGUCCAAGAGGGCAUCCCCGCAUUCCCGGUAUCCCCUCCCACCACUACGGCAUUGAGGCCUCCUCCAUCACCGCUUCCGAAUCAGCGAGACCCCUUGGGGCGCAGCCAUCCGUCUCAAGACGGGUCUCGCGCUUCAAGGCUGUCACAGUCUCGAUUCACUGAGAACAUGGCCUAACGGCGUGGCACACAUGGGCUACGUCGAGAGGAGAGCUGCAGCAAAGCGUACACAAUAUAUCAAGCGUUGAUCUUUUGAAUUUCUUCGAAUUUCUCUUUAUGCCUUCAUUUCCUUUGUCGUGCGCAUAUACCUCUCACAGUUUUUGUGUCUAUAUCAGCACCACUUGGGGCCCAAAAUUUUACAUAAUGUCUGGAAUGCUUUUUUUGACCAUUUAAAAAAACCACAUGUCAGACGCCAAUAACAAACACCCUUACUUGGAUCAUUCUCCUUUGAAAGGGCUUUUGUUUUUUUCGUUUCUGUUCUAUGACAAGAAACUUGGAAACUGCCCAAUCUCGAAGCAUUUGGGCUGGCGUUCUCCCCUUUUUUGGUUGUUCAUCUCUUGAUUCAAUUCUAUUUGGUCCUAGGACAAUUUAUAUCAAGGGAUCUCUUUUCGUUUUUUUCUCUUCCUUUCAUUACCUUUCUCCUCAGCCUGGAUAGUCCUCGCUGGGUAAAAAAAAAUGUCUUGGUUUUCUUGUUUUCUUUUUUUUCUUCUUUUCUUUGUUCCUUUUUCUCUCUUGUGAUAUUGGGAGGAAAUCAAUGCUAAAAAAGUCAAAAAAGAAAAGAUAAAAAAAGGCAUUUUUUUGCGAGGAAGGGACCUCUUUUUUACCCUUGUUUUUGUCUCCCCCUUUUGUGUACAUAGGUCUCUGGUGACUAUUGUCAUACCAGCGAGGUUUCACAGGCAAUGAAAGAACUGGUGGAGGAUAAGCGGUGGAGGAUGGGCGAGUGGUUACUGUCCUGUCUUCCCUUUGUUCCAGAGGUUGAGGAGGGUGAGAAUAUACUAGGUCUAAUUCGAGUUGAUCUCAAUGAGGCUGUAUUGUCCUCUCCCAGUCUACCUGAUCUCGAUGUGCCGGUUUCUACCAAAACUAGGUUCCGAAUCAAGCCUGCAAAAUCAUCUACGUCUGUUCUCCUCAACUUACAAGUGUCAUGU